CGGCCAAGAGGGUCGGGUGGGACUCCGGGCCGCGGCCGGUAGUGGGUGCCGCUGUUCUGUAAUCAGCGUGGAGCCCAGGCCAUGGUGCCUGGCUCCCACCCCAGCCAUGGAUGAGGUCACCUUCACAAGUGACACCGUGCUCUCCGAUGUCCACCUCUGCACCCCCAACCAGAGACACCUCAUGGUGCGGCUGAACAGCGUGGGGCAGCCCGUUUUUCUGUCCCAGUUCAAAUUUGCAUGGAACCAAGACUCUCAGAUAGACUCAGGGACUGAGGAUGUUGAUCACAGAAAUGUUCCCACAGAGGAGACUCCUGCUGGGACAAGCAGCACCGGGUCCCCUCCUGGGAGUGGCCACAGCAGUGUGGGUUUUUCCUCAAAGGCCAGUGCUGACACCAUUGGCCAAGACAGGGCGGGAGCUCAGCUGGAUGAAGAUGGGGAUUUGGACGUCGUAAGAAGACCACGAGCUGCCUCUGACCCCAAUCCUCCGUGGCCUCCGAGAGACAAGGUACAUCCCAUGAUUCUAACGCAGGAAGAAGAGGACGUCCUGGGAGACGAAGCACCGGAUUGCAGCUUUCAUGAUACCAUCAGAAUAGAACACACCAUGGCCACGCCCCUGGAGGAUGUUGGCAAGCAGGUGUGGCGGGGUGCCCUGUUCCUGGCUGACUACAUCCUAUUCCAGUGGGACCUCUUCCAGGGACGCACCGUGCUGGAGCUUGGGGCAGGCACGGGGUUCGCCAGCAUCGUUGCAGCCAGCGUGGCGCAGACCGUGUAUUGUACAGAUGUCGGUGAAGAUCUCUUGGCCAUGUGCCAGCGAAACAUUGCCCUCAACAGCCACCUGACUGCCUCUAGAGGCAGUGUCAUUAAGGUCAGAGAACUGGACUGGCUCAAAGAUGACCUCUGCACAGAUCCUAAGGUCCCCUUCAGCUGGUCAGAGGAGGACAUCUCUGACCUCUACAGCCACACCACCAUCCUGCUUGCAGCUGAAGUGUUCUAUGAUGAUGACUUAACUGAUGCUCUGUUUAAAACACUCUUCCGACUCACUCACAAAUUGAAAAACUCCUGCACAGCCAUCUUGUCUGUGGAGAAGAGGCUGAACUUUACCCUGAGCCACCUGGACAUCACAUGCCAAGCCUAUGACCACUUCCGUGCCUCCCUGCACCAGCUUGAGAAGCUCCAGGAUGGCCAGGUGCGCUUCGUGGUGGAGCCAGUGGAAGCCUCAUUCCCGCAGAACCUCAUGUAUGAGCGCAUCCAGCAGCUGGAGCUGUGGAGAAUCUUUGUGGAACCAGUGACGUGACCCCAUGGUGUCUGCCAGCACAGCUCCUUGACUGUUCUUCUGAUAGGUUCUAAUAAAAUCAGAGGUUUCCACAGUGA